GGAAAAGUAAAGAGACUAUCCUAUAAAAUAGUAAAAUCUGGCAAAUCAGAUCACCCUGUUACUUAAAAUACCAAUAGAAAAGGUAGAGGUGAACCUUUCCAAGCUUUAUCCAAACUUGAAGAUCUAUUGCAUUGUGGGAUAUCUCAGUCUUGUCAACAGCUGAAUAAUUUUGUCUCCAGCCUAGCACUAGGGUUAGAAAAGUUGAACAUGGAUUUAGACACUGCUAUAGUGAACUUAGAUCAGAUUCAUGAAGCAUAUGCAUAUCUGAAAACAUCUCCACAUGUUGUUCGCACACCAGUCUUGCCACACAUUCAAAAUUUAUUUCAAAGAAGUGACAAGGAAGAUGAGGUCGAUGACCUACUGGUCAAAGACUUAUCAAAAGUUGACCUGUACUUAAAGAUGGAAAAUAUGCAAACAACAGGUUCAUUUAAGAUUCGUGGAGUUAUCAAUCAAAUGCGCAAAGUCCAAGAAAAAUAUGGAAAAUUGCCCAAAUUAGUCACCAUGUCUGCAGGGAAUUAUGGGAAAGCGUUUGCUCAUGCAGUUGGCAACUCAGGAACCAAAUCAGUUUGUGUCAUGCCCAAAACAGCUCCACAAAACAGAUCAAAACUCAUUGAGAAAAUGGGUGUUGAAGUAAGGAAGACACCAACCAGUGAAUUACAGUCAGAAGUUGACAGGCUAGUGGCUGAAGAGGAUUUUGUAUUUUGCCACCCAUUUGAUGAUGUUAAUCUCAUAGCUGGAUAUGCCAGCUCUGCCCUAGAAGUCCUGGAGGAUGUGCCUGACGCUGAUGUUGUGGUUGUAUGCUGCGGUGGGGGAGGUCUGGUCUCAGGAGUUGGUGCUGGCAUAUCCUUGUCUGGUCACAGACGUUGUCGUGUGUAUGCUGUAGAGCCAGAUGGAGCUUCUACAAUGUUUGAAAGUUUUAAAGCAAGAAGGCCAAUAACUCUCCCUGAAGCAAAAUCUGUUGCUGCAGGAUUAGCUCCCCCUUAUGCUGGCACUAUCUGCUACAGGCACUGCCGGUGGUUUGUGGAGGAUAUUUUAUUGGUUUCUGAUGCGGAGAUCUUAAGAACAAUGAGGCUGUUGUUUCAGAGAGGGAUUAAAGCUGAGCCCUCAGGCUGUGCUGCCCUGGCGGCUGUACUCAGCGGAAAAGUGCCCGACAUUGAAGGCAAAAAGGUCGUUGUUUACAUCAGUGGGGGCAAUGUUACCUGCUCAGAGCUUGCCUUUUAUAUGAAGGAAGAAGUGUAGUGGAGAUGGUUGUGUAGUUUUGACUACUUUAGUUAGAAAUAAAUUUGUAUGUGCAAUAAGAUCUGAUAAUUUCCUACACCUAAUGCAAAGAUGGAGCAUAAACUAAUCAGUUAUCAAGUAACCAGAAGUGUUAUAAGCUGAUCUAUAUUUUGAUAAUCCUGCUAUGUUCUGGUUUGUAAAAUUUUAAUGUAUGAGCAGUAAGACCAGUAAGAAAUGAAAAAAAAUUGUAGCAGAAAAAAUGUGUUUAGAAUGGAAAGGUUUAAUGAGAAAGACAAAACUCAAACAUAUAAAUUUAUUCCACCAUAAUUUGUUUUCAUUUGAUUGCUUAAGAAAUAUAUUUUUUAUAUUUAUAAUUUUUUGUGGGCUAUAGAGCAUAAAUUUAAUCUGUUAAUAAAUUGUUGGAAACAAACUUAUCACAAUUUAGGAAUAGAUUGUUCCAUUAAAAUUUGUAUGAAAGUCCUGCAUUUUGUUUUAGAAAUGCAGGUAAAUUAACCAGAGAUAUCAGCUACUCAGCAGCUUUGUAUGCAAUUCAUUUUGUUCUAAUUAGUGUACACUUUGGCUAGGCUAUUUGUUUUAACAAAUAAAAUAUGCAUUUGUUGCAACUAUUAAGAUGUUCUUUUUUCCACAAGCUCAAAUACACAACACAAAAUCUGUAAAUUCUCCUUAUAUUUUUGUCUUAAAAUUUAAGUUCUGUUAGAAGCUAAGACUGUUUCUCUUUUCUUUAUCACACCUUCCUAUCUUAGCCUCUGUGUUCUCUAUUUAUCCUACAGUCAUGAUUCAAUAUUCUGUGAUAAACUAAGAGGUAUAUAUAAACAAAAUCUUGUUGCUAAUCUUUAUUUAAUCAUACAACUGUUAGUAAAUAAAAUUCAUUAUAAAUCUCACACACAGGCCUAUGUUAAUUUUGAGAUCCAGGACUAAAAUUUGAAGCCAUUUAUUACAGACAUUAUCAAAAUUGUACAGAAAUUUUGAAAAUUACUUUGAGACAUGUUAGUAAUAGAAUUUUAUUUUGCCACUCAAUAUAAAAAACACACAAUUUUUAUAUUGUCACACAUACAAAAACUAUGUUUAAAAUAUCUCGUUCUUACCUAUCAAUAAUUUAACAGCCAUACCAGUCAUCUCACACUCAUACAAAUACAAUAAUAUAAUUCACCAAUAUUUAUUUACACUGCAUUAAAACACUUCAAGAUUUCAAUUCUCAGUUGUUAUUGAAUUACAUUUUAAACAUGUUUUAUUUACAUUGCAAUUAAUGAGAUAAGAGAUAUGUUAUCAAGGUAUACGGCAGCAAUAUAUUGCAAUCAGUUUAGUCAAAAUAAAGUCCUUGAGUUGUAA